AUGUACGCCACUUUGGCUGAGAUUAGACAACAAGGCCAACUAUCAUGUUUUAUUAUGGAUUUGGAUCAAUUAAAAACAAUUGCAAUUAUUGGACUUAUCAAUGGUGCUGUUGAAACUGAAAAAAAAUUAGAAAAAUAUUUAACUGAUAAGGUGGCCGAUUUAGUACUAAAUAAUGUUAAUCUUCAUGAAGAUGAUAAAAAAUUACGAAUUGAAGAAUUAGAAAGAAUUAUUGAAAGAGAUCGUUAUGCUAUUAAAAUUUUAGGUAUUGUAUUGGAUUAUGCAACUCAUACAAUAUCAAGUACAGAAUAUAGAAAUCAAUUAAAAAAAUUAAUGAGAGAACAUGCACGUAGUCAAAAAAAUAUUAAAAGAAAAUUAAUAAUUGAUGACAAUGAUGACAUUGAUGUAAACCAAAUAGAUCCUUUAAAAAAAUCGGAUUCAACUGAAUUUAUAUUUGAUGAAUAUCAAGCAGAAUUUGCACAAAAUAGAUUAAAACGCAAACAAAGUAUAUUAAGGGCGAAAAAUUUAGGUAACAAUAAUUCGUUAAGAGAAGCUGCAGUACUUUCUGCUAAUAGUACUACAAAAACUAGUAAUCCUGAAAAAUUGGAAGCUGAAAAACAAGAGCGAGAAAGAGAAAAUCAAAAAAAUAAUGAUGAAAAUUUUGAUAGUUUAAGUGAAGAACAAGUUGCGGGCGGAGGAGGAGGAGGUGGUGGCGGUGGUUUACCUGGAUUAAUAGCAAGUUUAAGUGGGGGAGAAGAAGGAUCUGAUAUUGGCGCUCUAUUAGGUGCUAUAACAGGAUUAGUAUCUCAACUUUUUGGCCCUGGUGGUCUGGAUGUACCAUCAUUAAUCAGUAGUGGAACAUCUCUUGUGGCUGGUCUGUUGGGAGGAGGUAAAAAUUUUGGAACAGUUUUAGGUGAAUAUAUUGGAUUAGCGUUGGAUGGAUUUUCAGGCGGAGGUGGUGCCGAUCCAGAUAAUGAAGAUGGACCACCAAAACCAGGACUUUUUAUUAGACAUUUUGUAAGAAAUUUUAUGAAAGCUAAAAAUAGAAUGCCAAGUGAUUCGAGUGAAGAAAAUGAUAAUGGAAAUGAUAAUGGUGGUACAAACGGUGGUCAAAAUCAUUCAAAAAAUUCUGAUUCAUUUAGUUUUUUAAAGCAUAUUGUUAGCGCUAUUGCUGGUGGUAUUACAAGUUUUAUAUUAAAUGCAUCAUUAGGUUCAUCAAGUGGUUCAUCAAAAGGUUCAGCAUCAUUAUCAAGUACUUCAUCGAAUAGUUCAAGUGAUUUAGCUCAUAAACAUCAUCAUUAA